CGUCGCUCAUGUAAACAGCGGCCGCAGAUAAACCACAUGUACAUUAGAUCCGUGAAAAUCUUCAGUAAAAUAGUGGUUUGUAUCAAAUAAUCGUCGGUGUUUGUGCUCUUUAGCGGCCAUGUCGGAGGACGUGUCCUGUCUGAAAGCUCAGCUGGAAGAGAAAGAGAGAGAAAUCGCUGCUCUGAAGAAUAAACUAUCACUACUGGAAAAGAGCCAAACGCUAGUGCUGGACCUCCAUGACAAAGUCACCCCCCUCACCCCUCUGAGAGCCAAACAUGCACUGAGCAACGAGGACAUCAUGCGUUACAGCAGACAGCUCCUCCUGCCUGACCUGGGCGUCCGAGGUCAGCUGAACUUAUCCAAGACAUCAGUGCUGAUUGUGGGCUGUGGGGGACUGGGCUGCCCGCUGGCGCAGUAUCUGGCAGCUGCAGGCAUUGGGCGCCUCGGCCUGCUGGACUACGACGAGGUGGAGCUCAGUAACCUGCACCGGCAGGUGCUUCACGGGGAGGAGAACCAGGGCCAGGCCAAGGCUCUGUCUGCAGCCAACGCCGUCAGAAGGCUGAAUUCCACCGUGGAGUGUGUCCCCUACCACCUGCAGCUCUCGCCGGAGAACGCCUUGCAGCUCAUUCAACAAUACGACAUCGUGGCCGACUGUUCAGACAACGUUCCCACUCGCUACCUGGUGAGCGACGCCUGCGUGCUGAGCGGGAAGCCCCUGGUGUCAGCGAGCGCUCUACGAAUGGACGGGCAGCUAACAGUCUAUAACUACCGUGGAGGGCCCUGCUACAGGUGUCUGUACCCGGCGCCGCCGCCUCCAGAGACGGUGACCAACUGCUCCGACGGAGGGGUGCUGGGAGUGGUUCCAGGGAUUAUGGGAUGUUUCCAGGCUUUGGAAGUGAUCAAGAUUGCCUCAGGACAAGGUUCUUCCUUUGGCCAGCAGCUGCUGAUGUUCGACGCUCAGGACGCCAGGUUUCGGUCCAUCAAGCUGCGGCCCAGGCAGGCGGGCUGCGCCGUGUGCGGAGAGGAGCCCAGCGUGACCCAGCUGGUCGACUACGAGGCCUUCUGUGGGUCCGCCGCAACAGAUAAGUGCCAGAGACUUCACCUCCUCUCCAGAGAUCAGAGGAUCACUGCUCAGGAUUACAAAUCCAUACUGGACGAUGCAGGGCCGCAUCUCCUGCUGGAUGUACGCCCUCUUGUGGAGGUGGAUAUAUGCCACCUGCCCUUUUCUCUCAAUAUCCCUCUUUCAAGUCUCGAGGAGAGGAAGAGCGAACAUCUCCAGUUACUCCGGGAGAGAGUUGGCCAGUUGAAACGGCAGAUGGCGGGCGGCGGCCGGCCUCCAGUUUAUGUGAUCUGUAAGCAGGGGAACGACUCCCAGAAGGCCGUGCAGCUGCUGGAGAAGAUGAGUGGAUCGGAACUGGACCACGUCACGGUCAAAGACAUCAGCGGAGGACUCAUGGCCUGGGCGAGGACAGUCGACCCCACGUUUCCACAGUAUUAAUGUGUCUUUACUGUCAACAAUCUGCACUUUGGACACAUGAAUGGGGAUCAUAUUUUCAAUGUAAAAUGUAAAAUCUGUUGUUUUGGAAGGAUUCACAUUUUUUUUGUAAAUUAAAAGAAAUUCUGACAGAU